AUGGAAGAAAUAAAAAAACUGAGACAGAACAUAGAUGUGGUGAAACGGAGGACAGAGGAAGAAAGAGAAAGGACAGCCGCAGAGAGAAUGAUGAUGGAGGCUGACAAUCGUGUGGCAGGGUGCUCUUCUGGUCUGAAGGUUCCACCACCGGGACCUCUCAUUGAAGAAGGAGGAGGAAGUGCAACAUUCACAACAACAGUCAGCCCAGCAGGACCAGAAUUACUAACAAUAAAGAAGAUAUCCGGUGUCAAGACCACAGUUCCCACUGGAGUGCUGAUAACAGAUGGACCAGUGGACGUUUUCAUACAGGGACACAGAGAGAUAGAAGUGGGCAACAGAGUGGUGCUGACCUGUUCUGCAUCAUCAAUAUCUCCUGCAACAUUCACCUGGACCUUUAACGGGAAAGAGACUGGUGUCCUAACAGAGGAGUACACUAUUGCGAAUGCCACCAUUGAUCACGGUGGGACUUACACCUGUCUGGCUACGAAUUCUGUGACUGGUUUAAGUAUUUCCUCUGCUCCACAUCUGUUGACUGUUACAGUACCCACCCCAUUAGGGGCAAUACUUGGGGGUACGUUUGGCGCUCUGGCAUGUGUAGCACUGGCUGGAGGGGCUUUUGUCUGCAAGAAGAAGAAAAAGAGGAGGGACAUCCCAUGCAACCAAGAUGCACAGGCUGUUGUGUAUGAAAAUACCAAAGAGUUGGGUGGACCCAUUGUGUAUGAAAACCUGGCUGAGGACUCAAUUGAUCCCAGGUCUGUAGCUUCAGAAAACAGAGAUGAUUAUCAGGAAUUGCAAUUCAAAGACAGUGCUACCUACUGCACCAUGAAGAGUCAUUGAAGAAUGGCAGGGCAGACCUGUGUAGGGCUUGGUAUCAUUUGGAUUUCAGCAAUUCCGGUUCCGGUUCUGCCUAUCUGUUCUGAUUCUUAAUGGUUCCGGGGUUCCAAUUCUAAUAUGGUAAAGCAAAUAGUGCCACUCCUAAAAUCUGAUUGGCCACUCCAGUGCCACCUCGCACAUAGUCCAUCUGCAUUUACCAAGACACCAUUUUUACCAAGACACAUUUUUCCCGUUUUGCUGCCUUCCAAAUGUGCAUCAAAAGUGCACCUGUCUGGAGCAGCAAUCUGAUUUGCGCGUUAUUGCCUGUUUGGUCAGUCAAUCGGUUUAUAAUUGUCUUAUGAUAACAAUAUAUGAUGUCAUGUAUGAUAUACUAUUUAAUUCAGAUUAGUCAUAAUUGGUGCAAUUUUGGGGCUCUUCAGUGGGCUGUGGGCUAAAAUAGCCAGUGUGACAGGCAUUUGUCAUCGUUAAAUGUCAUCCUGUACAUUGCCUUAUCGGUAGCCUAUAGCCUCUUCAUUUAUGUUUAGAUUUAGUAGACGAGUAAUGAAUAGUGUUUUGUUGUUGUUUUUCGCACAUAAAACAACAUAUAAAAAUAAUA